CCGACAAAAUUUGUCCCGGGUAAAAACUGGACAAAAUCGUUUAAAUAAACAAAGUUGUGUUUAUCUUGUCAGUCAUGAUCAUUUGUCAAAAAAGCUUUUAACGGUAUAAAUUUAGCGUCUGGGAUAUUUCUCGCUCGUGUUGCGAAACUAGAUUUGAACGAAUUUGGCGACUUUCACCGCAGUCAAUGCGGAUGCAACCGACGAGACAAAAAAAUUUCACGACCAAAUUUGUCCUCAGAUUUGGUCACAGACAAUUUCAGUUUUGUCUGCUACUGCGAAUCGGCCCUACAUCCAACACUGCGGUGAUGAGAUCACAACGUGGUGUGCGCCACGUCGCUUGACUUGAUUCACGGAAUGCAGGAAAUCGUUGACGUCAUACAUCACUCACUCUUGUCUCAAACUGCUUCCUCUCGUAUCACCCAGCUAUUGAUCAGAUUUCCGCCUCGUUUGUAAAAUCUCGCUAACUUGCGAGCCACUUUUAGCUAUUCAUAGCAAUAGGAAGCUCCCAUAACUAACCACUUCCCGAGCUAAGGUCAGCUAACGCUGCUCAGUCGAAUGGACGUCAAGUGGUAUAGCAAGUAUGUGUUUCUUGUUGGAGCCAUUUUAAGUUUUGCUGACCCGAUCACCGACAUACUCACACUGGUGCAAUUUUACCGCGAGGAUCAUAAGACAUGGUUUGCCGUUGGCCUUGGUUUUGUGUUCCUACCGUGUGUGCCUUUUGGAUACUAUUAUGUUGUUCUCGAACGGCCACUUACCAACGCAAAUGUGGAGCUCGAGGGAAGGCGAGCUCCGUCUUGUCACUGGUUAAAGUCGUUUCUUUCCGCUUUCCAUCCAUUCUCAGCUGCUGUGGCCAGGCUCAAAAUGUUUGUGUUCUGCUUGAAGAACAAGAAUGAUAAUGAUGAAUGCAGGGACGUUUACAGCCAGGCUGCUGCGUUCUUUGAAGCCGUUCUUGAAUCAGCCCCUCAGUUCGUCAUCCAGUUGUACGUCAUCAGCAUACAACAUGAAAGAGUUAGCGUCAUUCAAUUGAUAUCUUUACCCGUCUCGUUUCUUAGUUUAGUCUGGACAUUCACAUCUGCUGAAGAGCUAUUUCAUAGACGUGUAAUCACUAAUGAUAUUCACGUUAAAAGCAAGUGCUUUCUUUUUGUAACCAAUUUAUUUCUCAUCAGCAGUCGAUUAUGCGCCGUCGGUUACUUUACCGUCAGUUACAAGUGCUCGUUCUUUUGUCCCUUUGUUCUUUAUUAUUUUAUGUCAACUAUCUCUGAUCUUCUACUCCAGUUUGAGAUUAUUCAAACGGCAGAAGGCCAAGCAAUAUAA